GCCAUUUCUUCAUCGAGGCUUUGUCGAAUCUCCUGGCUGAGGGCACCGUAUUCCGAAUCUUUUUCGAGCCUCCUCAUUUCGGCAGCUGCUUCCCUCCUUGCAGCUUUGGCUUUCUGCAGCUGCUCUUCGGCCGCUUUGAAGGUUUCCUUGGCUUCGGUAAGCAAAGCGGCAUUAAGUGGCCAAUGGCACAGUGGCACAGUGCACAGUGGCACCACCUCGAUCGAACAGUCUUUAACGUGCUUGAAGCCGCCAAGAGCGUUCAUUCCGUGAUUUCUUGGUUGACAUUUCCUGAGUUUUCAUACGUACCGAAUACCAUCACUCCAUCGACGUCUCUUGCAAUUUUCCACAGAAGUCCAAUUACGUUGGCACUGAUGGCUGAUUGAGGGCACUCAGUGGCUUCUCUGACCUCUGCGGCAGUGGAUGGGUGGUCUACAAUGCGACGGCAAUCCCGUGGUUUCGAGGACUUCACCUCUUUCGCCGUAAAUUGGCAUCCUCAAGAAUGGAUCAUAUCGCUUCUCUAAAAGAGAUCAGCUUGUCAGUCCAACACUGUGGAUACUUCGGUAUGCUCUACAGGAGAUCAUCUCGAAGGUUUCCUUCGUCGAUGGUGCACAGGAGUCCUCUUUGGCUGAUUCAAAGGCGAUUGUGAUUCGGACUUGCCCUCUCCGCCGCAGAGGAGGGGAUGACAUCCUCGACAGACACAACAAAUCAAGGGCUGUGGUAAGCCUCCUUUAUACGGUAGGAGCAACAACCUCCGCUGUGGACAGGGUUAGCGGCAUGAUCCGCAGCAAUGUCAGCGGCGGCAGGAAGUUUCUUGUUUCGGGUCCUUUUGGAUUUCGGAUAAAACAGCACAGCUGCCAUAAUAGAGGCGCUGCGGAUGAACUUCCCACGGUGUUCAGCCGACCGUGGAUGCCUUUCGCUCCAAGAUCGAAGAAUGCACCACCGUUCGUUCUGUUGGUGAUCGAGCGAAAGCACUCCACAAGAAAGCAACAGCAAAGUGUAGCAACACGAUUACCGGCACUGCCACUGGCAACAACUCCACCUAAAUGUUCGGGGAACAAAAGGAAGCCCAUAUCCGUGUGUAUCAGCGUGGCUACACGGGCUUCGGUUCAUCGUAUUUUGUCGCUGCAUCCAAUGCGAUAACCACAACAAUCAAAUUGACUACAUGCUAGCCACAACAUUCGCUCGUCAUCAUGAGGCUUUAUAACGCAAGCUCUUGUACUCCAUGCUGCUCUACGUGGGAAGGCGCGGCGGCAAGGAGGCGUCCUGAACAGCAUUCCUUUGUCCCUCCUCAGUCGGAUUCAAGCAGCGAACGCACUGAACCCUCCUUCGUGCACCAAACAGACCAGAAGCAAGGCCCUCCGCACAAAUUCCAGCAGCUCACAAAGAUUCCUUCCAGUUCCACCAGCACCACGGGUGGGUUGACGCCACUCUUUGACAAUACUGGAUCUUCGCCCUCAUUCUCCCAUCAUGACAAUGCCGAAAGGAAUCCAGCGCACAUCCUUACUGAAGAACCUGCCUAUGCCAGAAAGGCAAACCAACACGCACAACGCAGCCGAUCUUCAGCGAUACACCCUCCUUUGAACCAUGCUUCGAAUGCUCCACAGUACGACAAGUACAAUGCGAUUGACGGCAUUGUAGACCUUGAUAUAACCGAGGACGACGUCGAAAGCUCCUCUUCCACGUUGACAACGACUCGAUCCAUGAUGUUGCAACAGCAAGAACAAUGCACGAUAACAGUCUCGAGUGCUGCUCAUGGCAAGGGUGCAGAAGUGUACAACAAGAAAGUGCAUUCGACUAGUACCUCUCGUUUCGAACCCAAGAUCUACGACCGUCAAUCAACCAACAAACUCUUUCACAAACAAGAUGUAAUCAAUAUUGGUAUAGCAGAGAGCGCCCCUGCACUCAGACAUCUUGGACGACAACCCAGUGCCGAUCCGGCUAAGAAACUGCUCAAUGUUCCAACAAGGAGCAACACCAAAAUCCAGGCGACAGGUAACGUUCCCAAAAAGGAAAGCUCCAAAACGUCGACAACUCUUCGCCCUGAAGAAAGCACAAGUCGCUCACCUGACAUUGUGGACUUUUCGUCUAAGCCAACAAGAAAGAUGCAUCCUGCAGAGACCCAAGCACGGGGGCAUUUGCCUCGAUUCAGGGGCAGCAAUGCAGAUGAUGACCUCGUGGUGGACAAGAAUACCAGGCUUCGCAAGUCUCCCCUUCAGGAUGUCGGCCGCGUGGAGUUUUUCCCAUUGCAGACCCCCUCCGUGCCAAUGGCCGAGCAUUCCGAUGAGGAAGUUCCGGCAAGACUUGGAGUGACUAGUAACUUCCCUUCCAUAUCACGGCUACCCUCCGAGUCUACAGAUGGCAACCAGGGACGAGACUGGGAUCCAUUCCAAGACCUGGAUCCAUUCCAAACGACCGUCUCCAAUGAUGAGGGGGAGCUGUGUUGGGCAACUUUUGGAAGUUUUGAAGAGCUCUAUCCCGGCAUUGAUUCGACUGAUAGUGGUUAUUCCUUUUUCUCGUUCCAUGGCGAAACCCAUGACUCGGCUCAUUUAGAUGACAAGGAGAACCUAAUGUCGAAUAACAGUGAUGAAUCAGGUACCGGUAGCGAGAGGAAGAAUGCAGGAUGGGAUAUGGGAGCCGUUGAACCUCGCAAGACUUUACUGCGACGAGGGGGCACAAACACUCGGAAACAUUCCUUCUUUGACAAGAAGAAGCUGUUGGGACCACGCUUGGAAGCUCGUUUCACAAGAUCGUAUUGGCGCAGACUGAAGCAAAAUAGAGAUGAGCUUUCAGUGACAAAGCAAUCAACUACGGUUGAAAGUUUACAAGCAGGGGAACAGGCUGCAAAUGAGGAAAGGCAGAGGCCAAGAGUUGAGAUAGCACCUGGUGACCUUCCUACAAAACGUGGGGUCCAGCCGGCAACACCUGCAACCAACAACGAAGACAACUGGUGCGAGUCUCUUUCUAACUUCAGCUGGGGUUUCGAUCAGCAACCCUUUGGCAAUCGUUUGGAAGAGGUACAACCACCAGGGGGCGAUCGUGGAACAUCAACCAAUCGCAAUGUUGUGAUUAAGAUUGGGAGUGCUAAACGGAACGACUUGUUUGAGAACAGCGGUGUCCAAGUUCUAAGCCCACGAAGGGUUCGAGAAUGCAAUGCCGUCCUUAGAGGUAUUGCCAUGGAGACGGAGCAAAUUUUGGCAGCCAUCGAUGUCGCAGACGUUUCCCCGCCCCUCACACUGGAGCAAAUUCUUGGACUUCGAUCAAUUCUACCAACACCUGUCGAAGAACGCAUGUUGCAUCAGCACGUGAAGGUGGCACCACAGGCAGGAUCUGGAGUGGAUAUGUCUGAUCCCGGCGAACUUUUUAUGCUGUCUCUUGCUGUGUCCAUCAAUCAAGCCAGGCCCAAACUGGAAAAGAUGCUCUUCCAGCUCGAGAUGGGCGACUGCGUACAUGACCUUCGCACUGCUGUAGCGGCGCAGCAGAGGGUGUGUGAUGAAGUGACAAAGUCAGCAAAUCUUGAGAAGUUCCUUGGGAUUGUAACCUUGUUUGCCAACCGCGGUGUUGGUAAGGUGAAGGGACGAAAGCGGACGACGAGACUUACUCUGCCUGAGCUGUCAAGCAUACUGGACGAUGCAGCGUCUUACACGAGCGAGUCAAAAAAGGAGCCCCUCCUCGUCUUUGCCUGUUCGAAGAUUCGUGCCACAAAGCCUGCUAUGCUCAGUGUACGGAGGGAUAUGCCAUCACUUGGAGAGAUCGCAGCUGCAAAGACUAGCUACCAUUCACUGAAGCGCGAAUUCCAGCAACUGGAAGAAAAGUUUGACGAAACAAAGACUUUUGCGGUGGGGUUGGCCCUUUCGAAAAGUCGUAGGAGAGUUCAUCCCGAUGAUCUGUCGGUGCACGAAGAGAUAGAUAUCCUCGAGUCUGUCUCCGUCGGAAGGUUUGUGUUGAACUCUAGCUUGCUUAUGGCUGAGCUCUACGAGGCAUUUGACGCAAUGGAGAGCUCGAUCGUUGCCUUGAUGGACUAUUUUGCGGUUCCACAGGAUCAGCGUCACCAACCUGAUUUGGUUCUCCAAACCGUUGAGCGUUUGCUUUGCUACAUGGAGACAUUCAUGCCGGUGUGACCAAAGAUUCUCCUGCGGGAGUUGCGCGUCAUACCGGUAUGCCCUUAGCGAUUCCAACUAGCUGUGCACGGAGAACAUGAUGGGUAUAACUGUGGCCGUUGCAUUUUAACUUGCAUUGUAAGUCGUAGCUAUUAUUGUUACGAAUCCAAAUAGAACAUUUCCAAUGGAUCUAUG